UCAAUUUUCAAAAGUCUUACUUUGCAUAGAGUUUCAAAGUGUGCUAUUUUUCCAAAGUUCAGUACCGUAAGUCCUAUUUUUCCAAAUUCCCCGUUUCUUUAUCACAUUCAUAGAGAUUCGAUUCGCCAAUCUCGACUUUCUUCAAUCGUAUUGUUCUGAGAACGGGAGAGAUGAAGUUCAUGGGGAUGGACUUUAGCUGCGCGUUGGGAUCACUGAGCCACGGUGAGUUUCCCGACAAGGAUUGUCUUCUUCCGCUCGUAUCGAAGCUCCUUGGCUACUGCAUCGUCGCCGCUUCCACCACCGUCAAACUCCCUCAGAUACUAAAAAUUCUGAAACACCAAAGUGUCAGGGGGCUUAGUGUUGUAGCCUUUGAGCUUGAAGUAAUAGGUUAUACCAUUGCGUUGGCAUAUUGUCUUCACAAGGGGCUUCCAUUCUCAGCUUAUGGGGAGUUGGCAUUUCUUUUGAUCCAAGCUAUAAUUUUAGUUGCCAUUAUCUAUUAUUAUUCGCAACCUGUGGGAACCAUGACAUGGGUCAGAGCGUUGUUUUAUUGUACUGUGGCACCCACCGUCUUAGCUGGUCAAAUUGAUCCCAUUCUCUUUGAAGCUCUUUAUGCAUCUCAGCAUGCAAUAUUUAUCUUCGCUAGGGUCCCACAAAUUUGGGAGAACUAUACUAACAAAAGUACGGGGGAGCUGAGCUUUUUAACCAGUUUAAUGAAUUUUGGAGGUUCAAUGGUGAGAGUUUUUACCAGCAUCCAGGAAAAAGCUCCAACAAGUGUUGUUUUGGGAUAUGUGAUCGGUAUUAUGACAAACGGCACCAUCUUGAGUCAAAUAAUCAUUUACCGGAAGCCACGGCUAGAGAAAGAGAAGAAGAAUUGAGUAGUAGAAGCCACAAGCUAGAAAGACACAGGCUUCAAGUCAUGCAUGCUCCAAGUGGUUCUCGUCAUACUUAUAGCUUAGAUGAUGAUCAUAUUCUUGAAGAAAAAAGAUCCAGAUUUUCAGCCCGUAUUUAGAUUCUCUAUGUUUAUACGUCGCAUUUUCUGAAGUUCUUGUACGUUGAUGCUCAUAAUCAUAAAGAAGGCAAGCAUAGUAUAGUAUUUUGUGGUAUCGUAUCAUCAUAAUCCCAUGAGAUACAUACAUAUAUGUGUGUAUAUAUAUAUAUGUUGCCAAAAUUUCAAUUUAGUGGGUUGUCUCUGUUCUAUUAA